GAGCUCUAAAAGGCGGGGAGAUAGAGGAUCAGGAAACUCUAACGCACUUGAAAAUCUUCAUAAAUUAGCUAAGAGUUUCUGACUUUCCACUUACUCUGAUCGAAUUUUUUGAAUUUAUGCUUUAGAAACCAGAUACAAUAAAUGGGUGUUGCUAACGAGGAGGCGAUCAAACAAUUCCAGUCGUUAAUGGAACAGGUAGACGAACCACUGAAAAACACAUUCAAGAACAUGCACCGGGGUUAUCCAAUCGAAACAUUAGUACGAUUUCUCAAAGCCAGGGACCGGAGUGUUGCCAAAGCGCAUAAAAUGUUAAUCGAUUGCUUACAGUGGAGAAUUCAAAAUGAGAUUGACCACAUACUGGCGAAACCCAUCAUCCCCAUUGAUUUGUAUAGAGCAGUGAGAGAUUCUCAGCUUGUAGGAUUGUCGGGUUAUUCAAAGCAGGGCCUUCCAGUCAUUGCUAUUGGUGUUGGGCUCAGCACAUUUGACAAAGCAUCUGUGCAUUACUAUGUGCAGUCACACAUCCAGAUGAACGAGUAUAGAGAUUGCAUAAUACUGCCGUCUGCAACAAAGAAGCAUGGAAGACACAUUGAUACCUGUCUGAAAGUUUUAGACAUGACCGGUUUAAAGCUUUCAGCAUUGAACCAAAUUAAGCUUUUGUCUGCUAUAUCUACAAUAGAUGACUUGAACUAUCCAGAGAAGACAGAAACAUACUACAUUGUAAAUGUCCCUUAUGUAUUCUCGGCAUGUUGGAAGGUUGUGAAGCCUCUUUUGCAAGAAAGGACAAGGAGGAAAAUCCAGGUGCUGCAAGGUUGUGGGACAGAUGAGUUACUGAAGAUAAUGGAUUAUGGAUCCCUCCCGCAUUUUUGUAGAAAGGAGGGCUCUGGAUCGUCCAGGCAUUAUGGAAAUGGGAAUGCCGACGACUGUUUCUCCUUGGACCAUGCAUUCCAUCAACAGCUCUCCAAUUAUAUCAAACAGCAAGCUUUGCUCAUGAAGCCCAAUCCACUUACCAAACAGGGUUCAGUUCGUGUAGAUGUUCCAGAGCCAAGCCUGGACGAUGCCAAGAUCGCUAAGACCAUAGAAACCGAGUUCCACAGGUUUGAAAAUCAGAAUGGCCUUAAAGUCACCAGUGAUUGAAAGUUUGGAAUAGUUAUACUCGCAAGCCACAUGACACAGUAACCUGAUACACAAUCUUAUCGAUGACUGCAAUUUUCAGACAUGAAAAUGUUUACUUGAAUGAGCUCGAUCCAGGCUUUUUUAGGACAUAGCUAGCACCCAUGGUAUAGUUUGACAUUACCACCUUAGCGUGGAAGAUCAUAAAUUCAGAUAAUUAAUGCAGGAAGCGUGC